AUGAAUCUGCCAAAGGGGCCGGAUUCCCUCUGUUUCGACAAGGACGUGUUUAUGAAGGUAGUUAGCUAACAGUAGCUAAGAUAAUGUCACAUUUUCCUAGCUAACGUUAGAUAGUAUUGCCAUAGGUUAGCUAGCAGUGAUCAGCCAAACUGGCUUCAUCCCAUGUUAUCACAUCUUGGAAAGGCACGAAUUUUAUACGCCUAAAUUUGUCUCCUCAUAUUUAGCUAUCUAACUUCUUCAUCAAACUGUUAAUGCCCGAUUAGAAAUGGCAAGCAGCUUGCAAGUUAUAUUCUGCUGGACAUCAUUUGCAUCAUCUUGGCUAUCUAACUACAUUAUCAAUCAUGUUACAUUUUCUUCUUCUUCUUGUGUUGCAUUCAGGAUGACUUCGACGUGGAUCAGUUUGUUGCUGAUUGCAGAAAGCAUGUCCAACUGGAGGAGAUGCGCGAGGACCUUGAGAUGUAUUACAAACUGCUCAAAACAGCCAUGGUGGAGCUCAUCAACAAAGACUAUGCAGACUUUGUCAACCUCUCCACCAAUCUGGUAGGUUCCUAUGGCUGUCACGUCCAAGAUGCUGCAGUGUUCCCCACCCAUAAGUGGCAUUAAUGAAUGUUUACAACCAUGCAUUUGUAGCCAAAUAACAAGAUGGCAAUCAUAUUUUAUGAUUUCACUCAAAAGAAACUGGGAGCAACAGCAGGAAUCAGUUCAAUACGGAUGUAGCAAUCUAAAUGGGUGUGAUGAUGUUUGUUCUUCCAAACAGUUGCUCCAGCUAGGAUCAGGACUUUUAAAUGUCAAAUAGGCCUAAUAGCUACAGUAGUAGUUAGAGAAUAAUGGACAUACUUGAUGUAUCAUCUAUUUAGGUUGGAAUGGACAAAGCCCUGAACCAGCUAUCAGUGCCACUGGGUCAGUUGCAGGAAGAGGUACUGGUAUGUGCUCUGUUUGACUCUUUUUUUUCAUAUGAUGAAUUGAUUUCACCUUCAUUGAUAUUGACUUGGUCACACAGUUUGUCCUAUUUAUGUGUGUUGUAUCUUUCUCCCUUUAUUACAGAGCUUGAGAACGUCUGUAAGUGCGGUGAUCCAAGCCAUUGACAACCAGCUAUCAAAGCAAGAUGACUUGCAAAACAAAAAGGUUUGUUAACCUGGCUUUAUACACUACAUGACCAAAAAUAUGUGUUUGACCGCUAGGUUUUAUGGGUAUUAUGACUCAUAACGUAAAAUCUAAAUUGUAAAAUAACGUGGCACUCUAUGGACGAGGUUAUACACUACAGGACCAAAAGUAUGUGGACACCUGCUCGUGGAACAUCUCAUUCCAAAAUCAUGGGCAUUAAUAUGGAGUUGGUCCCCCCUUUGCUGCUAUAACAGCCUCCACUCUUCUGGGAAGGCUUUCCACUAGAUGUCAGAACAUUGCUGCGGGGACUUGCUUCCAUUCAGCCACAAGAGCAUUAGUGAGGUCGGGCACUGAUGUUGGGCGAUUAGACCUGGCUCGCAGUUGGUGUUCCAAUUCAUCCCAAAAGUGUUCAAUGGAGUUGAGGUCAGGGCUCUGUGCAGGCCAGUUAUGUUCUUCCACACCAAUCUCGACAAACCAUUUCUGUAUGGACCUCGCUUUUUGCACGGGGGCAUUGUCAUGCUGAAACAGGAAAGGGCCUUCCCCAAACUGUUGCCACAAAGUUGGAAGCACAGAAUCCUCUAGAAUGUCAUUGUAUGAAAAACAGCCUCAGACCAUUAUUCCUCCUCCACCAAUCUUUACAGUUGGCAUAAUGCAUUCGUGCAGAUAUCGUUCUCCUGGUAUCUGCCAAACCCAGAUUUGUCAGUCGGACUGCCAGAUGGUGAAGCGUGAUUCAUCACUCCAGAGAGCGCUUUUCCACCGCUCCAGAGUCCAAUGGCAGCGAGCUUUACACCACUCCAGAGUCCAAUAGCAGCGAGCUUACACCACACAUCUUAGGCUUGUAUGCGGCUGCUCGGCCAUGAAGCUCCUGACAAACAGUUAUUGUGCCGACGUUGCUUCCAGAGGCCGUUUGGAACUCGGUAGUGAGUGUUGCAACCGAGGACAGCACUUGGUGGUCCCGUUCUGUGAGCUUGUGUGGUCUACCACUUCGCGGCUGAGCCAUUGUUGCUCCUACACGUUUCCACUUCACAAUAACAGCACUUACAGUUGACCGGGGCAGCUCUAGCAGGGCAGAAAUUUGACGAACUGACUUGUUGGAAAGGUGGCAUUUAAUGACGGUGCCACGUUGAAAGUCACUGAGCUUUUCAGUAAGGCCAUUCUACUGCCAAUGUUUGUCUAUGGAGAUUGCAUGGCGGUGUGCUCGAUUUUAUACACCUGUCAGCAACGGGUGUGGCUGAAAUAGCUGAAUCCACUAAUUUUAAGGGGUGUCCACAUACUUUUGUGUAUGUAGUGUAUGUCUACCAUUUCAGACAUUUGUGUUUCUGUAACAUACAGUACAUUUGUAUGUGUGUAGCUGGAUGCUAGAGAUGCUUACACUUUUGCAAUUCAUUUUCACAAAAGAUUAUGAUUAAAAAAUACUUAGAUUAGUUUGUUUAAACAGUCAUGUUUCUCAUGUUUUUUUUGUUCCCCUAAACAAGAUGUGUGUCAUGAGACUCAUCCAAGUUGUUCGAUCAGUAGAGAAGAUUGAAAAAAUCCUACAUUCUCAGAACUCAAAAGACUCAACAUCUCUUGAGAUAAGCAGGUACGUUAAAAAAAUGAUUGCAUCAGCUUUUUGCUGAUUUGACAUAUUAUAAUCUCUAUGUUAAUGAUGAGGUAAGGUCACAGAAAGAAGCCAUUUUCCCCAUUUAAAGUGAUGCUCCGGAACUUUUGUAUAAUUUCAGCCAGUAGAACUUUUGUAUAAUUACUGGUCCCUGUUAUUUGUGUACUAUUUCAUCCAACUGUGUAUAGUCUCUCAUGGACAGAUGAAACGACAAGCAUCUGUCAAGGCUCACGUAGAAUGAUGUGAUUACGAGCAGCAGUAGUUCCUGCUUUUGGGUUUUGGUCAUUGAUUAUUUGGGCGAAGGCGGUGCGUAAACUGGUGCAGUGACUUUCAAGCCUGUGUGCGGAUGAUAAAUGUUUCCGUUAGAUUCCACAGCCACAAAGUCAAAAUUGGCUAUAUGGAAAAAAUUCAUAAAAACCUAAAUUAGCUUUUUGGCCAUGAUAAACACAAAUUAAAUUAGUGUGAGGGAGGGGUUUGGCUGAGAGUUUUUACGUUAGCGAGGGAGGAGACUUCGCUUCCUUCCUUUCCACAAAGGUAAUCACAAUUAUUAACGGCAUUUCCCCCAGAAGUAAAACAGGAAAUUGCAAACUUCUGGGUAACCUUGCUUUUAAUAUUUUCUGAGAAUAUGGCAUCCAGCCAGCAUUUCAGGGCCUACCCCUUUCCCUAUAGCUACGUCAGCUAUAUUCUUCAUGUUAUGUACUCUAUAUAUAUUGGUGUAUGUUUCAGUUUCUAUGUUUGCUGUUUCUUUUGCUUUGUAGUCCUCUCUUAGCUGGCCAGAUUCUGGAGAGGAUUGCCACAGAGUUCAACCAGCUGCAGUUCCAUGCCGUCCAAAGCAAGGGCAUGCCCCUGCUGGACAAAGUCAGGCCUGUAAGUCCAGUCACAUCAUUCAACACUGACGGCACCAUUGCAUUUCUGGGGUCGAUUUUCAAUACACAAACUAGAUUAAGGUUAAUGGUUGAAAAUGGCCAUGCCUGCCCAUUGUAACCAUCCCUUUGCUGACAUUGUGUCUGUGUACGAUCUGUGUUGUAGCGUAUUUCCGGCAUCACGUCCAUGCUACAGCAGUCUUUGGAGGGGCUCCUUAUACAGGGCCUCCAGACCUCCAACGUGGACAUUGUGCGUCACUGCCUACGCACCUACGCCACCAUCGACAAGACCAGGGAUGCAGAGGCUCUGGUGGGACAAGUCCUGGUCAAACCCUACAUGGACGAGGUGAGGUUGUGUGGCAGCGGAACCGUCAUGAUUAGGUCCUGUAUGGCUCAGUUGGUAGAGCAUGGCGCUUGCAAUGCCAGUAAUGUGAGUUAAAUUACCGGGACCACCCAUAUGUAUGCAUGCAUGACUGUAAGUCGCUUUGGAUAAAAGUGUCUGCUAAAUAGCAUAUAUAGAAGAGCAUUUAGGGCUGGUGUCCCGUAUCCAGUUUAAACCUACUCCUGGACUAACGAUCAUUAUUUUGUUAUUGCUUUUAAAUCCAGGAGUAAGCUUUAUCUGGUUUCUGGGAAACUCUCUCUUAGUAUCCAGCUCACCAAUAUAUUUACGAAAUUAUGUGGAAAUGGACAAUUCAAGAACUUUAUGUACUGUGUUCUGCUUCAGAGAUGAAGUCUAUGCUUCCUCCUCUACAUAAACAGUACUUCACAUGACUAUUUUGUUGUCAACAGGUCAUCGUUGAACAGUUGGUCAAGUCCACCCCCAAUGGCCUUCAAAUAAUGUACACCAAGCUCUUAGAGUUUGUGCCCCAUCACUGUAGACUGCUGCGCGAGGUGACUGGAAUGGCCAUUUCAAGGUACCCGCCAUAGCUGACCUGGAAGUCAAAGUUCUGAAGGCAUUUCUCCCUACAGAUAUAAGAAAGUACAUGGUAGAAUGGCCGUAAGGCGCUACAGAGGGUAGUUCGUACAGCCCAGUAUAUAAUUGGGGCCAAGCUUCCUGCCAUCCAGGACCUAUAUACUAGGCGGUGUCAGAGAAAGGCCCCAAAAAUUGUCAAAAGACUCCAGUCACCCAAGUCAUAGACUGUUCUCUCUGCUACCACACGGCAAGUGGUACCGGAGCGUCAAGUCUAGGUCCAAAAGGCUCCUUAACAACCCCCAAGCCAUAAGACUGCUGAACAAUUAAUCAAAUGGCCACCCGGACUAUUUGCAUUGACACUUUGUUUUUACACUGCUGCUACUCGCUGUUUAUUAGCUAUGCAUAAUCACUUUACCCCUACCUACAUGUACAAAUUACCUCGACUAACCUGUACCCCCGCACAUUGACUCAGUACCGGUACCCAUUGUAUAUAGCCUCAUUAUUGUUAUUUUAUUGUGUUAUUUAAUUUUUUAUAUUUUUUAAAAUAUAUUUUUUACUUUAGUUUAUUUAGUAAAUAUAUUCUUAACUCUAUUUUCUUAAAACUGCAUUGUUGGUUAAGGGCUUGUAAGUAAGCAUUUCACGGUAAGGUCUACACCUGUUGUAUUCGGCGCAUGUGAUUUGAGUUACACAUUCAUUACCUAUGAAUUUCCUAUUUGUUCUUUCUCAUGUCUUUGCUUUCUGCUGUCUGUCCAGUGAAAAGGCAGACAUAGUGCCAGGAUACGACUUCUUGGUGAACUCAGUUUGGCCUGAAAUCAUCAAAGGUAUCGAGGAGAGAAUCCCCUCUCUCUUCAACGCUGGCAACCCUGACACCUUUUAUGAGGUACGUACUGUAACAACUCAAUCUCGUUCUUCUGGCAUCAAAGUAGUCCUAUGAGUAGUCGUCUGGCAUCAUUACUGUCAUAUAAAACUAUUAGAAGCCAAUCUCUUUUUGGCUGGGUUGAACAGAGCUUGGAAAUACAAUAGAAAUAGUAGUGGAACACUGACCCUGACAAGUCCUACUCUCUACUAGUAGGAUAGGGACACCAGAUUCUCAUUCGGUUCAUGUCUGUUUCUGUUUUGCAGAUGUACACAAUCAGCAUGGACUUUGUGAGGAAGUUUGAGAGGCAGUGUGGCUCCCAAGCCAGUGUGAGGAGACUGAGAGCUCACGCCUCCUAUCAGAGCUUCCACAACAAGUGGAACCUCCCUGUCUACUUCCAGCUCCAGUGAGUAGCUGCGUGCUCCAUGACCUUUGACUUCUGUGCUUCCUGUACUGAUCUGUGCUUGAUUUUGCGCCCUUUAUAAUUGUCACCUACCCCGCUGAUGUCCAGUCAUCUGUUUUACUUCCUGGAUAUUGUGUUGAUAUCAUGUUACACAUAUAGAUAAGAAGAGGACAUUUACAGGUUAUAAGUAACUGUGUCCAACACAAGGCCUCUUGAUGAAUACUCCCUCUAAGGGAAUAUUGAUCCUCUAUAGAGUCAACGUGAAGGUUGUUGGACUCUCUGUGCCUUGCACUGUUUGUCAACCAGCCUCUGAACAUUUCACAAUGGAAAGUCCAUCAUGCUGCACAUGCUUAACAUUGUGUACUUUCAUUUCCAUCACAGCUACAUGUUGUGAAAUGGCUGUUGCUAUCUGUUUUACAGUCGAGACUGUUUUGAGAAUGCACUAUGCUAUUUAUCUUAUUGCAAAGAAUAAUGGUCAUCCUCUUUUGCAAUGCCAUUUCUACGAAAAUUGAGAAUGGAAAAAUAUUUCUAUUGAUCAAUUCCAACUGUUUUGCUCAUAAACAGCAAGCUAGCUUAAACGUGUUCAACAGCGAUCCAUUGACUUGUUGUUCCCGAACUCUGUCACAGGUACAAGGAAAUUGCUGCAUGUUUAGAGAAUGCUGUUGCUGAUGGGUUAGAGGCAGCACCAGGUUAGUAGCUAUACUCAACUAUAAUGUAUGAAUGGAUAAGUUAUAUUUCAUUAAUCAUUACCACAAAAGGCACUAUUACCUGCUGGCUUGUAUUGAUCAUUCCAUUCCUCCCUACACACUCUCCCCCUCCUUACACACACUCUUCUUCAGCGGGCAGCUGCUACCACCUGCUGGUGUCCCAGGUGCUGUGGAACAGCUUGGUCAGGUGCUGGGCGGAAAAGGUCUACCUUCCCCCGCUGGCUCACCGCUUCUGGAAGCUCACCCUGCAGCUCAUCUCACGUUACUCCAAGUUCCUCACUGAGGUACACCCUCCAACAUGGCAACCCAACAUUCCUCCAACACGGCAACCCAACCUUCGUCCAACAGGGCAACCCAACCUUUCCACUACAAUAUUAAUGCUAGUGUAAAUAGUGUCUAUGGAUUCAGUGAUACCUCUAUUAAUCUAGUGUUCAACAUAGCCUGCAACAUAUGUCAGUAUUCCAGUAUUUUAAAGCAGCAGGAAUAGAAAUGUGAAUACUAUGAAAGGAAAUGCUGGUCCUAUUAAGUUGUCAUGAUUGGUGUUUCUGUACCCUGUUUCCUAGAUGCUGACUAAAUCUCCCACCACGGAGGUCUGUAAAGACCCUGUGAGGCCCCUCCCCAGCUCCGCCUCCUCCACGUCCAGUCGCACCUCUCAGGAUGAUGGGGGCAGUGAGAGCGGCAGCCCAGCAACCCUAUCUACCAAACAGCUGGUUUUUAUAGCCUCCGAUGUGGACAAACUACAAGACCAGGUAGUGACAUGGACCAAUCAUGACCAAGAUCCUGCAAAAUAAGCCAAUGUAGUUUUAUACUGUAUUUACCUUCCAAAAAGACAAACAGAAUAUACAUAUUUCUUAAUAGAUGUGGUUCUUAAUUGUAAGAAUUACUUUUAGGGGUAGGCAACAUUACAUUGAUAUGCUAUUGCAUUAACCUUAUUAUUUUUGCAUCAUAGUUUUCUUUACCAUUCAAGUUUUGCCUUUCUCACAGAUUCCUGAACUUUCUAAGAUGAUUAAGCAGAAACUGGAGGUCAUUGGGUACAAAAACUUUGUAAUUGUUGGAGGUAUGUCGUCAUCAUCAUGCUUAAAAGAUUAAAUGCACAAACUGAUACGUUGUUCCAGACAGUGUUCAAUCAUGAUGUGGUCCUCUGUAGCUCAGCUGGUAGAGCACGGCGCUUGUAACGCCAAGGUAGUGGGUUCGAUACCCGGGACCACCCAUACACAAAAAUGUAUGCACGCAUGACUGUAUGUCGCUUUGGAUAAAAGCGUCUGCUAAAUGGCUUAUUAUUAUUAUUUAUUAUAUUAAAUUAUUAUUAUUAUUAUAUUAUUAUUAUGAUACUUAUUCCAUCAGCUGUUACUGUACUCUUACUGCAAGUCAGUUGAUAUAGUGCCUUUUGAUUGCCUUUUUGACAAGUGUCCUUCCAUGCUUUGUGUUCUCUCCCCAGAGGCCCUAGAAGACUCCAAAGCCUCCCUGUCUGGCUGCAUUCCCACCCUGAACAGCAAGAUGACUCAGCAUUUAACCGAGAGGUGCUUUCGCUUCCUGAAGAGUGCCUCUGAAGUCCCCCGACUGUACCGCAGGACCAACAAGGUGAGAAGGCCCGCCCCUCAGGCCUCAUCCUCCCAGGACAAUGGAGCAGUGCUCCCAUUAGGCUUCAACGUUGCUGAGAUGAUUAGAGAACAUCUGCUGUAUAGUACCAAAAUAUUGAAAAGUGCACCACACUCACAACAGUCACAAGCUUGAAAACAUGUGCCUGUUCUUCAUCUCCUGUAUAGGAAGUGCCCUCCAGAGCCUCUGCCUACAUGGAAAACGCCCUGCGGCCGCUGCACCAGCUCUUGAGCGACUCCAAAGACAUGGUGAAGCCCUCCAUCGCCCAGGACUGGCUACGGGUCGCACUCAAUAACUGCACUCACAGGUAGGGGGUCUCUGCUGUCUGUUAGAAUUCCUGUGUAGGCAAGUACAGUAUACUGUAAGAGAUGGCUGGAGACUACUUCAUGAAUGGGAAAAGGAGAUCCUGUGAAAUUAAUUGUUGUCCACAUAUACAGCUUCCAAUUUGAAUGCAUGCCAUAGUUUUAUGUACUGGUAUCGUGUUCUAAUAAUAUUUUAUAAAAUUAGUUGACCCUUCUGCUUACUAUGUCUAGGGUCAAUGCAGUGAGUCACAAUGUUAUGUCCUAAGAAUUGCACCACACAAGGACACAAACUAACAAUUGAAUUGAAUUCAAGGUCAGUCAACCUCACUAACUUAUGUAGCUUUUUGUUCUGCUCCACCAAGCACAAAAUACUGUAAUUUUCCAUCUUGACAUUGGGCAGAUAUUUUGAAACCAUAUCAGACGUUUUGAGUUCCGUAAAAAAAAUGGAGGAAAGUUUAAAGAGACUGAAGCAAGCGAGGAAAACAGCAACCACCAACAUGACAGGAACCACCGGAGGCCCCACGGACGACAGCAAGAUCCGCCUGCAGCUGGCCUUGGAUGUGGAGUACCUGGGAGAGCAGGUAGGGUUCCCAUUAGAGAACGCCAACCUUAUCUUGUAGUUGUCCUUUGACUAUGUUAUAGAAAGACAAUAUGUUUAACUCAAACAGUGGGAAGGAAGUAAGGCAGGUCAGGAAAAUCCCCAGAAUGAUUGUUGUGAUGGUAAGCCUCGAUUACCAUAUUGAUGUUUUGUUUCCCAUAACAGAUUCAGAAGAUGGGUCUGCAGCCUGCCGACAUCAGCAUGUUCUCAACACUAAAUGACUUGGUCCAAGGAGCACAGGACGUGGCUCCAUCAGAGCAGGCGGUACCAUAA